AUUUGUGAGGAUCAAAAAUUCUGCUAUGCAAUAAAGAUUAAAGCUAUUUAUCAAAAACAUUGGGAAAUACCAAUCUAGAAUGGCUCAAUAGUAGAGGCAGGUAAUCAAAAUGACAAUCAUGUGUAAAGACUGAUGCUUGACACACUAGGUGUUUUCGAAGAGAAAGGUUUUAUCUGUGAUUAGAAUCACAUAUCGUCGAGAUAUUAGCUACACAAGUUUCUUUGCUGGUGAAAAAGAAACUUGGCUGCAAGAAUGGAAGAAAAACAGGAAAAAACGAUACAAAUUGCCGCUCGGGAGAGAGGCCCCGGACCUGGGAGAUACGGUUUACCAACAACCUGCGGAUUCAUGAACCAUGACUGCACUAAAUAUAAGUCACCGGCUCACUCCAUUGGCACAAGACUCAAGAAUUCAAUGUUUCGAAAAGACUGCAGUCCUGGACCAGGAUAUUUCAUUGAGGCUCAAAUCACAAGGACUGGAAAAGAUGGAACACCCAUCUAUUCAAUCCUGGGAAGACAAAAAGAUCCCAAUACAUUCAAGGUACCAGGGCCUGGAACCUACUGUCCAGAAAGAGUUCAUCCACAGGGCGAGAGGCAUGCUCCUAUUUAUUCAAUUGGUUCAAGAACUCGCUACAGAAAACGGGACAGCACUCCAGCACCAAAUGCCUAUGGACUUCCUCCUGUCUUGGGAAGCAAGGUGAUCAAUAAGUCAUCAGCUGCAUCAUAUUCCAUGACUGGUCGCGCUAAAACUGGUGGCUUUGCUGAGGAUCUGGCGAAGACACCGGGGCCUGGUCACUACAAGGUCACGCCACCCGAUACCGUAAAGCAGAAUGCCCCAAAAUACUCUAUGCUAUCCCGUAAUCUCAUGCCCGGAGAUUCAACGUUAAAACCUGGUCCAGGCGCCCAUAGUCCCGAGAAAGUUUACACUACAAAACCGAAGGCACCUUCGUUUUCUAUGGGAAUUCGGCAUUCCGAGUUUAUCUGUCCUCUCAUAAUCGACGUCCAAGAUUAAGUGAAAUCUACAUUAAACUUUUUAUAAAGGCAAUACAUAUAUAGCUUUAAAAUAGAAUUACGUAGGAACUGAAUUGGAAAUAAAUACACACAAUGAGUAGCAAACAAAAUAAAAUCAGACGGCUUAUGCGCUAAAA